GUGACGCGUGCUGCCUCUCCUCUUCGGCUGCAGUUGGAUCACAGAGAAGUUAGCACAAGUUAGAAGUUUGUUUGACGCAUUAUAUCCCUCAACCCAAACAGCACCAUGGCGGACCUAAGAUUCGUGAUCACCAUGUCCGUGGUGACUCUGUUUUGGGCCCUUAUUGGAGGAAUAGUGCCACUGUUCAUCCCCAAAGGACCAAACCGAGGAGUCAUCGUCACAAUGCUGGUGUUAACUUCCGUCUGCUGCUACCUGUUCUGGUUAAUAGCAAUCCUGGCUCAGCUGAACCCACUGCUUGGACCUUCUCUGUCCACAGACGCCAUCUGGUACCUGAAGUAUCACUGGCCUUAAAUCACACAGACUCCUGACCAUGCAGGGGAUGACCUGAAUGCUGCUCACUCUGUGCAGGCUCGAUCCCUUCUGAAUCGCCUUAAACUUAGAUCCCUGUGUGAUUAUCUAGUGGUGCCUCCACUAGUGCCUUGUACAAAAAUAAUGCCCAAAGAACUCCUUAGAGAUCUCACUGAAUGUGCUUUACUUUAAAUGGAAUAAAAGUGGCCUUCACUUGCUGUUGUUUGGUUAUGUGUGAUGUAUAUUGUGUCGGUGUGAUUGUUGAUAUAAAUGAUAUUAACUUAAAAUAGCGUAUGUGCAGUGUCUGCUGUGAUCUGUGUCUGUUCAUAUUGCUGAUCGCUGUAAUACAUGUGAUUGUUGUAAAUUAAUAAAGUAAUAACCAACUGUAUUGGUGCAUAA